AUGUCUACUGCUAGAAACGACUUACGUGAGGUUUUCAGAGGCCUCUCGCUCACCGAUAAGCUUCUCCCGCUUCUCAUCAUCUGUGCCAUAGUGCUCGGGGUGUUGCUUUCCGUAUACGUGCCCAGCAGCCGAACCGCUUUAGACAGCUCUAAAGUCGUCGGUGUUUCUGUUCCCUUAGCUGUGGGUCUCAUUGUUAUGCUCUUGCCGCCUCUUUGCAAGGUUGAGUGGGAGAACCUCCACAAUUUCUUUUCCAGGUCCACCUACAUCAAACCGGUGGUGUUUUCGCUCGUGCUCAACUGGAUCAUAUGCCCCUUUUUCAUGUUUGGUUUGGCGUGGUUGACGCUAUUCGAUGAGCCCGAGUAUAGGACUGGGAUCAUCAUGAUUGGGUUGGCCAGGUGCAUAGCCAUGGUGCUCUUGUGGAAUGAUAUCGCUUUGGGCGACCCGACUCUAUGUGCGGUGAUUGUCAUCGUCAACAGCGUGCUUCAGAUGGUGCUCUAUGCUCCGUAUCAGAUAUUAUUCUGCUACGUGAUUACCGGCCACUACCAGACGGUGUCCAGCACGGUGACGUACUCAAUGGUUGCCAAGAGCGUUGCUUUCUUCAUGGGCAUCCCGUUUGGGCUAGGUGCUCUCAUUAGACUUGUUGGUAGAAGACUUCUUGGUGCUCACGCCUACGAUAAGAAGUUUGUGCCUUUCGUUAGCCCUUGGGGUCUCAUUGGGCUCCUCUACACCAUCGUAGUGAUAUUCAUGGAGAAGGGCAACGACUUCAUCAAGGAUAUCGGUUCAGCGUUCAGGUGUUUUGUUCCGUUGGUUGCCUACUUCAUUUGUACAUUUUUUGGCACUCUCUUCUUGCUCCGUCUGAUGUACGCUUGGGGAGUGUUUGAAAGCAGAGGCUCGAAGUCGUCCGUGUCUGACGAUGAGAUGACCAAGUUGUGCGGGUGUGAAGAAACCAAGGAGUUGUUCCCAGAGAAAUUUGCCUAUGGGUGUGCAGCUCCGUACGGUGUCACCAUUGCUCAGACGUUCACUGCCGCCUCCAACAACUUCGAAUUGAGUCUUGCCAUUGCCAUUUCGAUCUACGGAUCCGGUAGCAAGCAGGCCAUAGCCGCUACGUUUGGCCCGCUUAUCGAGGUGCCCGUUUUGUUGUUGUUAGUGUUUGUCGCCAGGUACCUCAGAGUGAAGUUUGUAUGGACAGAUGUGACCAUUACGCCCUACGAGGUCAUGGCGUCACUGUUCUAA